CGAGCCCGAGCCGCUGAAGUGGUACUGCGCGUGCGCAAUGCCGGUAGUCCUUGGUUGGUUGGCCUGCCGGAGGUGACUCGCCCUGACAGCAACACAGACAACAUGCAGAGCUGGACGCCGCUUUACCGCUCUCUGGCCACGCGCGGCCAUCAUGUCCCUUCCAAACUGCAUGGAGCCACAGCUGUGUCUGUCCGGACCUACGCAGACAAAGCUGCAAUCGAUGCAGAUGUCACAGUCGUUGGCUCCGGUCCAGGCGGCUACGUCGCUGCCAUAAAAGCUGCACAGCUCGGUUUCAAGACAGUAUGUGUUGAGAAGAAUGCCACGCUGGGUGGGACCUGUCUCAACGUUGGCUGUAUCCCUUCAAAGGCUCUGCUCAACAACUCCUACUUUUACCACCUGGCUCAUGGCAAGGACUUUGAGAGCAGAGGCAUCGAAAUCUCAGGCAUCUCGUUGAACCUGGAGAAGAUGAUGUCUCAGAAGAGCGGAGCCGUCAAGGCGCUGACCGGAGGAAUCGCACAUCUGUUCAAACAGAACAAAGUAACCCAUGUCAGCGGCUUAGGGAGAGUAUCUGGUAAGAACCAGGUGACGGCUACAGGCGCUGACGGCAGCGAGCAGGUCAUCAACACUAAAAACAUCCUCAUCGCCACGGGUUCUGAGGUCACACCCUUCCCCGGUAUCCACAUCGACGAGGAGACCAUUGUGUCAUCAACAGGGGCUCUGUCCCUGAAGAAAGUGCCAGAAGAGCUGAUUGUGAUUGGAGCUGGAGUCAUUGGAGUGGAGCUGGGGUCAGUGUGGCAGCGUCUGGGCUCCAAGGUUACGGCCGUGGAGUUCCUGGGCCAUGUUGGAGGAAUGGGCAUCGACAUGGAGAUCUCUAAGAACUUCCAGCGCAUCCUGCAAAAGCAGGGUCUCAAAUUCAAGCUCGGCACCAAAGUCAUGGGAGCCACCAAGAGGCCCGAUGGCAAGAUCGAUGUGCCAGUGGAGGCGGCAGCUGGAGGGAAGAACGAGACUCUGACGUGUGACGUGCUGCUGGUGUGCAUUGGCAGACGACCCUACACCCAGAACCUGGGCCUGGAAAGUGUCGGCAUCGAGUUGGACAAAAGGGGUCGUAUCCCUGUCAACAACCGCUUCCAGACCCAAGUACCCAGCAUUUAUGCGAUUGGUGACGUGGUCGCCGGCCCCAUGUUGGCCCACAAGGCAGAAGAUGAAGGCAUCAUUUGUGUGGAGGGCAUGGCUGGCGGUGCUGUGCACAUAGACUACAACUGUGUUCCCUCCGUCAUCUACACCCACCCUGAGGUUGCCUGGGUGGGGAAAACAGAGGAGCAGCUCAAAGAAGAGGGCGUCCCAUACAAAGUUGGAAAGUUUCCCUUCGCAGCCAACAGUCGAGCCAAGACCAACGCCGACACUGACGGCCUAGUGAAAAUCCUCAGUCACAAGGAGACGGACAGGAUGCUCGGAUCUCACAUCCUCGGUUCUGGGGCAGGUGAGAUGAUCAAUGAAGCUGCACUGGCCAUGGAGUACGGCGCCUCCUGCGAGGACGUUGCCCGGGUCUGCCACGCCCAUCCGACGGUGUCGGAGGCGUUCAGAGAAGCCAACCUGGCCGCUUCCUUUGGCAAAGCCAUCAACUUUUGAUCUAAUAGCCGCUGUCGCACCUUCAUGGGUCCAGGAACGGGAGGCUGCGUUUCUGCAUCAGCCCGCCGGGAUCCUCUGUACAUCCAACCUGCACCACACUAUGCUUAAUGUUAUUUAAAUGUUAUCAAUAAAAAGAUGAAACAGCUUAGGUGGUAAAUUAAUGGUGACUGAAGUCAGUCUUUUUUGUUUUCCUCACAUAGUAAAAAAACAUCCCAGAGGAUUAUAUUCUGCACUUCCUUACGGUGCAAAGAGAGAGAGAUUUUGACGUGUGGUUUCUUUGACAGGAAUGUGUGGGUGUUUUUCUCUUUGUUUUUUACAGUACGGGAAGAAUUCAGUGUAAUAAACGUAACCGGUAAUCGGAUCAGGAACUUUUGGCUGCAGCUUUCACACAAGCAAGAUUUAAAAAUUAGAUGUAGAUCCUCUGUGGGUCGAGUCCUUCUGAAAGCAUGCUGGAUUUGGACUGAAACUAAGUUUUUAGUUAUUUUCUAGCUUCCAGAGCAGCAGAGUGGGAUUCACCGACCUGUUUUGGGUCUGUCGGUUCAGUCUUGAGGGGGUUCUGCUGGAAAACUGUGACGUCCUCUGGCCUGUUCUUGCCCAACUUUUCAUCUAAACCAAUAAAUACUAUUCAAGA